AUGGUCAUCUACUCCUUUUACAUCUUCGACCGGCAUACGGAAUGCAUCUACUCCAAGACCUGGCUCCCACCCCCUCCUGCCCCCGGGGCACAACAACAGCAUGAUAUUUCGACAAGCACUACCGGCGCCGCCGUGGCCUCCUCCGACCCCCACCAUCAUAAUCCCAACACGCUACGCAGCACACGCUCGGCCGUCAGCGCAGCCAACAAAGCCUCGGACGAUGCCAAGCUGAUCUUCGGCACCGUGUUCUCGCUGCGCAACAUGGUGCGCAAGCUGGGCGGCGAAGACGACGCCUUCAUCAGUUAUAGGACAGCCCAGUACAAGCUGCACUACUACGAGACGGCGAGCAACCUACGCUUUGUCAUGCUGACGGACACGGGGACGCUGAGCAUGCGGAACGUGAUGCAUCAGAUAUACAUCAAUUUGUGGUGUGAAUAUGUGGUCAAAAACCCUCUCGCACCCGUCGAACACAAAGGCGGCGCCGGCGUUAGGAACGAGCUAUUCGAGCUGGGCCUAAAUCAGUUUAUCACUGGUUUAAUGUGA